AUGGCUUCGAAAUCUCUUCUCAGAAAUGGAGUUGCGUUGUUGAAUCGAUUAUCACUAUCAAAUUCAAAAUCACUUCUGAAUUCCAAUCAUCAUCAACCUUACCUUUUCCCAUCCCUCCCCAAGCUCCAGAAUUUUCCUCAAAACGACGCCGAAUCAGCGAAGAACCUUAUUUCCUCCGAAGGGUUUCUCUACCCAUGCGGCCUCCCUUCUCUUCGCUUCUUCUUACCUAAUGGGGACACUUCUUCAGACGAGCCAAUGAUUUUAUUCCCAAAAAGGACAUUUCAACCUAGCAUUAUCCGCAGAAAGAGGAAUCAUGGUUUUUUUGCUCGGAAAGCAACCAAGGGUGGCAGAAAGGUAAUUGCCCGAAGAGUAGCUAAGGGUCGGUUUAGGAUUACAGCUUAG